UACCCUAGUCAUGUGACCAAUACGUAGAAAGGGAAGAAAACAGGAAGCUGUGCGGAGUCUGGCAAAGCAACAGCGUUCUGUAUUUGGAGUCAAAAAAGAUAUGGGUUUGUUAACGAAAUGUACAUUUGUGGAAUCGUGCUUAUUUGCAGGAUGGAUGAUUGCAUUAAUUACCGGUGCGAACUGUUUGGUUUACCCAUCGGAAACGAGUGUCGAUGGUGCAAUAAAGCUUCCAUCAGCAGUCAUUCCUGUAUCACAGGCAAGCCGGAUGGGAUUCUUCUCCUCUCUUAGUCUUUCAUCUACGUUUCCAGAGGACUUGGAAGUGAACGAGUAUUGUAGAGAACUGCUUCAUAUCUACGGUCAACGCUACGUGACUUACGCGAACUGUCUGGUGUCUUAUGCACGACCUGUCAAAAUCUGUCAGAACUGUUACCCUUACUUCAACAGUCUAAAUGAAACAUAUAGCAAUAUAUCAUCUGACAAUCUGGGCCCUGGAAAUGUCAGUUGCCAUGACAGCCUGAUGCGUUCUGAUAGGUUAAUGUUGCUCUAUACCCUCUUCAUCAAAAUAGAGGAGAUCUGGACAUCAGCAGAAUGCGAGCAAUGUCUGACUGAAGAUCUAAAGGCUCUCUCCAAUGUUACUGUGAACUUCAUGGCUACUCUUAAUCAGUCACUCACCUGCUUUGAGCAAUAUCAGAGGAACCACUCAGAACUGUGCAAAGACUGCAAAGCCUCAUACAAAAGGUUGAACGAGCUCUAUGGUAGAAUGGAGAAAAACCAAACACUCUGCAUUGAUAUAGAAGACGCAAUGAACAUGACACGGCGGUUGUGGAGUAAAAACUAUGGUUGCUCAGUCCCUCGGGAAGAGACGGUGGCUGUCAUCGCAGUGUCCAGCUUCAUGCUCUUCCUCCCCAUCAUCUUCUACUUAAGCAGCUUCCUGCACUCGGAACAAAAGAAACGCAAGCUCAUACACCCCAAAAGAGCCAAGUCCAGCAGCAGCCUAAUGAAUAUCCAAGACAAAUUCAGCUGAGUGGAGAUGAGGCAAGGAAGAGAGGGCACACAUCUUUGGUUCACCUCUGCUGAUAAACCAACAGACACUUUUAGCAUGGAUGGAUGGGGUUCAUGUCUUCUGAUCAUUCUCUUAUUCUAUUUAAGAAGGUUUUUUGUUUUGUUUUGCACUAUUUGUGAUUUGCACUACUAAUUUAAAUACGCCGCUUGUUUUUUUUUUUGGUUUUUUUUCUUGUUAAAAAAGAUAAUUUCUGCUGUUUUUCAGAGAGGAUCAGUGAGCAUUUCAAUAAUUACAAAGGAUGUUGGUAUUAAACUAUUGUAUUUAAGGUAUGAAAGAGAUGUGAUCCCUAGAAGAGGGAGCUUUAUCUUUUACAUGAUGCUUAUUAUGCUGCAUUUUUACUGCACUAAGAGAGCAUGUUACAUUUUAUACUCUCUAUUUUCCUAGGUAGUAACGAAUGCGCACACACACACAUAUUACAUGGCGAUGGUACCACUUCUAGAAGCACUCCAUGUGCAUUAGAGAAUGGUCUUGUAACAAAUACUUUAUUCAGGGUCAAAGGUGUAUGCAGUGAGUAGAGGAGAAAAGUAAAGGAUGGAAGAGGCAACAUGAAGCCUUUUAGCUGGUCCAUGUGCUUGUUUGAUUUGCUUUUUAUUUUACAAUGAAGUUGCCAUAAUCUUUACCUCAUUGCAUGGUUAGAUACUGUCAUUGAAAUGUUUGAUGAACACAGGAGACUAAUUAAUCUAAAGAGUUAGGCAUGGAAUAAGAAAGUUGAAUUGAUAAUGAUAUUGAUUUAUUUCCUCAGCUCACAUGUUGCCCAUUGCUGAGAGCGUUAUAUGAUGUAAAGUGAAAGCUAUAAGAAAACCCCUUGCAUACUUUUGCAGUUGAGAAAUAGUUUUCAAUCCACUAGUUUCCUCAUACCUCUAUUAAAAUAUGUUAAUUGUGCUUAACUCCUAAAGCCUUCCUUGGUGGGAUUGACAGGCUCGUUGUUUUCAUGGUUACGUAGACUUUCCUUGGAUUACAAAGCGCCUGUUUCCCCAGUCAUUAGCAGCUAAUCUAAAUGUAGGAUAAAGUUACUUGGCCGAAUAAUCGUAACAACACAUCCGUUUAAGCUGCAUUGGCUUUUUGGUCUUAUGGAGCCGAGCCAUUGCCUAUCACACUGCCCGUUAAGCGCAUUUUGCUUGAUUUGUCCAAUCAUAUGAUCGUACAGGAAGAUGUGGGGAAAAAUAGCCUUUUCAUACGCGCUCAUGAGUGCAAUGUCUAACAAGAAUGACAGCUUUCAUCCCUGCAAUGCCAUUAUCCGUUAAGCAUUGGUGAAAGUCAUUAUUCCUGACCUGACUGCCAAAUGUAGCAACCGGGCGAAUUUUAUGGCCACGUGUUCGACGAACUGACGCAAAAGCUGAAAUACCUUUUGAGAUGUGUGACCCUAGAGAGGGGAAACUGGUGGAGAAUAUGAGAUUAUCCCUCAUCACGUUUUGCCCCCAUAAGAAUCAGAGCAGUGACUUUGGACCUUAAGCAAUGAGCCUGUUAAGAAAUAACCCUAAGCCUGAAACUCAGCAGGGGGGUUGAAAUCUAACAAACACUGAAUGUUGCUGCUGCGUUUUGUUUAAAAGUUGCCAUUAGGAUUUCGGAUGAACUGUCAUUAUAAAUGAAAUCAUUCUUGUCUGUUGAUGAUUGCUUUGUUUGCGCUCGUAAGAAGAAUUUGUAUACUAACAAAAUGUCUUAUAUUUUCACCUUUUGUAAAGCUGUCAUUUUAUUUCGAAUAAUAAAAAGACAUCAUUCUAAA